AUUUUUUUAAUAUAGGUAUAAAAAUGUUUUGUCUUUGAUAUUCGGUUCAAAAAGUAAUAUAUUAAUAUAUAGUUUUGUUAUUUUGUAUUGUGUAUAAUGAGUUCUUCACAAUCGUCGUCAUCGUUUUACAAAUCAGCAAGAAAACCUGUAGAUAAAAAAGUGCUUUAUCAUAAUCUAAAAAUGAAUAUUAUAUUUUUUGUUUUAGAGUAUGCAAGAAAUACAAAGGGUUGCACGUGAAGUUGACAAAAAUAUGAAAAAAGUGCGAGAAGAUAUAGAUAUUACAGCUACUUUAUUAAAUGCAAUUGAAAUACACGCACAGCAGGAUCAAAAUUAAUAUAAUAUUUUUUAUACAAUUUUUUAUGAUAUUUUACAAAAUCUUUUCACGAUAAUAGAUUUUAUUAUUAGAAUUGUUUCUAUUAUAAAGAAAAUAGAUGACUGAAAAAAAGAAAAACAAACAUGAAGUUAGAAUUGAUUAAUUAGGAGACUGUUUUAACAAAAAAAAUAUUAUAAAAACGUAGAAUUCAUUAUUUCCUAUUUAAACAAAAUAUGUUCAGAAUUAAUUUAAAAGAUAAAGAUAAAAGAUGGAAAAUAUUGAAAAUAUUAAUAGAUUAGAUGGAGAAGCCAUGGAUUAUGUGGAAAACAGGAUUGAUAAUAACAAAGUUUCCCAUUUAGAAAAGAAUUUGAGCAAACGACAAUUAAAAAGGGCAAAGAAAACGGAAAAAUGGUUGGAACGAAAAAAUGAAAAAAGACGGCUAGAACGAGCUAAGGCUAGAGAAAAGCGAGCAUUUGCUCGUGCAAAUAAUAUAGAUCUUGGCCCAUCUAGAAAAGCUUUAAAAAGAAGUACUAUGGCAGAGAGUAGUUGUAAGCUUACUGUUACUAUUGAUUUAUCAUUUGAUGAUUUAAUGAUAGACAAAGAUAUCGCAAAAUUGAUUAAACAGAUAUUAAGAUGUUAUACAUUAAACAGAAGAGCAAUUGCACCUUUACAAUUUUCUUUAACAAGUUUUAAUGGCAAAUCUAAAAAGGAAAUGGAGAAACACAAUGGAUAUGAACAUUGGGAUGUAAAAUUUGAACUUGAUUCAUAUAUGGAUAUUUAUCCAAAAGAUAAAAUUGUAUAUCUCACAAGUGAAUCAGAAAAUGUGAUAGAUCGACUAGAUCAUAGUUGUAUAUAUGUUAUAGGUGGCUUGGUUGAUCACAAUUGUCAUAAAGGUCUUUGCCAUAAAUUGGCAAUGGAAAAUGGAAUAAAACAUGGUCGUUUACCAUUAGAUAAAUUUCUUCUAAUGAAAGCUAGAAAAGUUUUAACCAUUGAUCAUGGUAAAAAAAAAAAAAAAGAAAUAAAAAUAUUUGAAAUCCUUCUUAGAAUAACGGAAGGUAAAACAUGGCAAGAAGCAUUCCUUCAAGUAUUGCCAGAACGUAAAAGAGCUCAACCAAUUACAUUUCCUCCAAAAAAAUCUGAAGAAUGUAAAACAAUGAAUGAUAUUAAAAUAGAAAAAGAUUGUGAUGAAGAUAUGUGUAAUAAUAUUGAAAAUGUAUUCAAACAAGAAUAAAGUUAUAAAAGCUUG